ACACCGGAAUUGGCUUCGUUAUCUUUUCCCACGGACUCUUAACGGUCCGCCGUCGGUGCGGAUUUUAAACAAAACCGGCGCAGCACACGGACAAAGGAAAAAUGCGAGCAAUGCCAACAUUCGUGACAAUACCUCGGAAUAAAACCCACCAUUAACAGACUUUCUGACGGGUGGAAUCAGGGUUGGACGCAGACAUGCCAGAUAGUGGGAGCAGCGUUGCCGCCCGCCAGGCAAAGCAGAAGAGGAAGUCUCACAGUCUGUCCAUCCGCAGAACCAACAGCACGGAGCAGGACCGCUCAGGCCUGCAGAGAGACCUGCUGGAGGGACAGGACUCCAAGCUCCCUCUGUCUCUGAGGAGCAACCUGCUGGACCUGUUCAGUCAGAUCGAGAGAGAGUUUGAAAACUUAUACUUGGAAAACUUAGAACUACGCAGAGAAAUCGACACGCUGAAUGAUCGGUUGGCUGCAGAAGGACAGACAGUCGAAGGAGCAGAUUUAGCUAAAGGAGCUCUUAAAACAAAAGCGAGCCACAGCACCAGUCAGCUGUCUCAAAAACUAAAAACUACCUACAAGGCGUCCACAAGCAAGAUUGUCUCCAGUUUCAAAGCGACCACAACCAGAGCCGUUUGCCAGCUGGUCAAAGAAUACGCCGGCCACCGGGACGGCAUCUGGGACCUUGGCGUCACCAGAACCCAACCUGUGGUUCUCGGUACAGCCUCCGCAGACCACACUGCGAUGCUGUGGAGCAUUGAGACAGGAAAGUGCCUCCUCAAGUAUCUGGGCCAUCAAGGAUCAGUCAACUCCAUAAAGUUCCACCCCACUGAGCAGAUAGCUCUAACAGCUUCCGGAGAUCAGACGGCUCACAUCUGGAAAUACAUGGUGCAGCUGCCGACCCCCCAGCCUGUCGCUGACAUCAGUCAGACACCCUGCGAAGACGACGUGGACUCCUCAGACAAAGAUGACGCCGACGGCGAUGCGGAGGGCCCGAUAGAUUGCCCCUCCGUUCGCGUGGCGACCACGACGCUCCGCAGCCAUCAGGGCGUGGUGAUCGCCGCUGACUGGCUGGUGGGGGGCAAGCAGGUCGUGACGGCCUCCUGGGACCGAGCUGCCAAUUUAUACGACGUGGAGACGUCGGAGCUGGUCCAUUCCCUCACCGGCCACGAUCAGGAGCUGACCCACUGCUGCACACACCCCAACCAGCGUCUGGUGGUCACCUCGUCCAGAGACACCACCUUCAGACUGUGGGACUUCAGAGACCCGUCCAUUCACUCCGUCAACGUGUUCCAGGGGCACACUGACACGGUGACGUCGGCCGUUUUCACCGUGGGAGACAAUGUGGUGUCUGGCAGCGACGAUCGAACCGUCAAAGUGUGGGACCUGAAGAACAUGCGGUCGCCCAUAGCAACCAUCCGGACCGACUCCGCCGUCAACAGGAUCAGCGUGUCGGUGAACCAGAAGAUCAUCGCUCUUCCUCACGACAAUCGGCAGGUCCGGCUGUUCGACAUGUCCGGGGUGCGACUGGCUCGACUCCCACGGAGCAACAGACAGGGUCAUCGCCGCAUGGUUUGCUGCUCCGCCUGGUGUGAAGACAACACCACCUGCAACCUGUUCACCUGCGGCUUCGACCGGCAGGCCAUCGGCUGGAACAUCAACAUCCCGGCUCUGCUGCAGGAGAAGUGACCUCGUCUCACCUCCACCUGUCAGCCUACGUCUGCGUUUCAGUCCAACACCUGGUCGUGGGUUUGAAGGGCAGAUGUAGGAUGUUUAGUUUGGGUUUUGGCUUUCAGGGUGAGUCUUCUGAUCCUGCAGGGGUCAUUGUUUCACAUGAAUCACCUAACAUGCUUUUUCUUUACCAUGGAAGUCAUCACUGUCCAAAAGAACAGUAUUUCAUUUAAGUCGCUGGAAAAAGCACAGACUAAGCUUUCCACGUUGGGAGCUGAUGCAGGAUGUGUUUAGGCAGAAGAGACACUGUGCUGCAGGUUGAUGCUGCUUUACAGCAGGUCACAUGUUUGCACAAAACAAAGGUAUUUCUGUUUUUGUACAUUUCACAAGUUAAUCUGUGCUAACGUUUAUUUUAAGUCCCAGAUGUCAAAAAGUCGAUC